AUGAGGCCGCUGACGGCCGCCUCAACGACGACGACAGUCCUGGUUCUGUUGACAGUGCUCGGCGGCGGCGGCGCGGCGAGCUCAUCGGUGACCGAAGGCGGGCAGGCGCUCAGCGAGCUGCUCAGCUAUUUGGAUCAGCCCUAUCCGUGCGGUCACGUCAUCGAAGCCGAACACUUUCUCGCCACCGCCGUCGGCCUCAAAUUCCCGCGCCUCAUCCAAUUGGCGCACUUUUUCGCCAACCACUCGGCCAACUUCGAUCCGUCGCUCAUCGACAAAUCGGCGUUCGUCGCGACGCCGCCGUUCGACGUCUCAUUUGCGCGUCGAACCCACUUCUACGGACUACAGCUCAAUUGCACCAACAAUAAUCACAGGUGGCUUCCUCGAUUGGUGUUCGUCUCGCAUGAUCCGAUCCAGCCUGAGAAGAAAGCCUACCUUACGAUCCAAUUGGAUCAGUUCGAGAUCGAUCUUUGCUCGGCGGUCGAUUGUCACACCAAGUGCACAUGGACGGUGCACGGCGGUCUGCGUGUGUCGGCGAAGGCGUGCUGCGAGCACGCCAACAUUCGAAUGUGUCGGACCGAUGCCGAACGAGGUUCGUUUAUAAGCCGCCACAUGCUGCUCGCGUUCAACUCGGUGUGCGCGUUCGUCUGCCUCGCGAUGAUCCCGAUCGUGUGCUACCAGCGGAAGCGGCAACACGAAGUUCGCGGUUGGGCGCUCAUGGAGCUUUUCCUCCUCGGCGCCUCAAUAUUGUACUCGAUUCUUUUCCUUGACUGGUUCGCACCGCCCGAAGCCGGCUGCUGUGUGGCGGUGUGGCUUCGACAAAUCGGCUUCUCAAUAUUCUACGGUUCGAUUGUUCUCAAAAUUUAUAGAAAUUUGCAAGAGUACCGCGUGCGAAAAGCGCAACACGUGUCGGUUCGCGAGCAGGACAUGCUCAAAUAUCUCGCGGCGAUGCUCGCGUUGACCGUCACCGGCCUGAUGGCGUGGACCGUCGGCUCGUGGGGCGACGCGGCGCUGUGGCGAACCGCGUGGCCGCAGUGCCAAAUGCAGGGAUGGCACGUCAUCUGGCACGGCUACGAGCUGCUCUUCCUCCUCUACGCCGUCCGCUUGUGCUACAAGGCGCGCAACAGCGACUGGCUCGAGCGUUGGCAGUUCACCGUCGCCGUGUGCUUGGAAGCGAUCAUCACCCUCAUGGCCAACCUUAUUAGGUAUUCAAUUCGAAAUUCCGGACGCGCCGACACGCUGUUCAUCGUCUCGUUCGUCCAUUUGCAACUCACCGUCUCCGUCAACAUUGUGAUAAUCGUCGCGCCGAAAUUCUACUUGUCCAACGGCGAGCCGAGUCGAAGAUCGAUGACACUCGGCGGUCAUUCGGGUCGUGCUCAUCCGUCACUCGCCAAACUUCGCGAUAACAUUCUUAAUGGGACCAUCGACUUCGCCGAGGUCCCAAUUGUCGAUAUGAAUCCCGAAGAUAUUCGAGCCGAACUAAAACGAGUCUACACACAACUUCGAAUGUAUAAGCUCAAGAAUUUAUAUCAAGACAAUCCGCAUAUUUCGAAAAAACGCGGUGGCAAGAAAUGGAGCGAUAAGAAUACGAAGGCGAGAAGGAUAUCAAUACCGACUUGCUCGCCACAGGCCAAACGAAUAGAAGAAGACGAGAAAAGCGAUCUGACUGUAGAAUCUGCUCCGCAUAAUGUAUACUUAAGCACUUACAAAAUGCAAAUGGAACAGAACCAUUCCGUGCGGGUUUAG